CAUCUGGAUCCAAGUUACUUUCCUGCCUCCGCUUUGGCGGAGAAAAAAACGUCCGUGGGGGUGGCGUGUUCUGACCUCGGCUCCUGUCAGGAGCACAUUUGUGGCAUUGCCUGCUACAGUGGUGUCCAGCAGCUGCUUCUGGCUGUGUCCAUCCCUCCCGGCCCAGUGCUCCUGCGGCCUCUGGUACACCUGGCUUGCCGCUCGGGGAUACCGCUGGCCACCAUGGCAGCAGCUGCGACAGGGACGUCAGCACUGGCCCCAAGUCCUCCUAUGCCUCAGCAAGCCUGGGCUUUUGUUGGUGUCAUAGGUGGUGGAAAUUCUUCCUGUAAUGAAUCAGUGAGAAACUAUGAAAAUCACAGCACUGGUGGGAAAGCUCUUGCUCAGAAAGAGUUUUUCACAGUGGAUGGUCAGAAGUUUAUUGUGAGAGCUUACAGCGAAUGGAAUGAUGGUGUCCCAAUUUCAGGCUUCCAGGUGGAAGCUGUAGGCGGAGUGAUACUGAAUCUUCUGGAUGACGUUAGUAGUUGGGAGCCUGGAGACCGGAUUGUGGUCGCAAGCACAGACUAUUCAAUGUAUCAGACAGAGGAAUUCACCCUCCUUCCCUGCCCGGAGUGUACCAAGCAUCAGGUUAAAGUCAAAGAAAAUCCUCAGUUUCCUCAUGUAGGAGAAAUUAUUGAUGGAGUAGACAUGAGGGCAGAAGUUGGAGUUCUUACGAGGAACAUCUUAAUCAAGGGGGAGACAGAAAAUACCUGCUAUCGUGAAAAGGAGUGUCAGUUCUUCAAUUACGAUACAUUUGGUGGGCAUAUCAAGAUUUUGAAGAAUUUUACAUCUGUUCAUCUCUCCUAUGUGGAAUUGAAGCAAAUGGGGCAGCAGCAGAUUGGAAGUUACCCUGUUCACUUUCACCUUUGUGGGGAUGUAGAUGAAAAAGGAGGUUAUAGUUUUAAGACUUACCUGGAAGGUCUUUCCAUUCAUCACUGUUUUUCCAGAUGUGUGACUGUUCAUGCAACUAAUGGCUUGCUGAUAAAGGACACCAUUGGCUAUGACACACUAGGUCACUGUUUCUUCACAGAAGAUGGCAUUGAGCAGAGGAAUACUUUGUUCCACAACCUUGGCCUAGUCACGAAACCAGGCACUCUUCUUCCUACAGAUAGAAACAGCAGCAUGUGUAUUAGUAUUAGGGAUAAAGUGUAUGGAAAUUAUGUCCCAGUGCCAGCCACAGACUGCAUGGCGGUUUCAACAUUCUGGAUUUCUCAUCCCAACAAUCAUCUUAUAAAUAAUGCAGCAGCAGGUUCACAGGAUGCUGGAAUAUGGUAUUUGUUUCACAGGGUUGCUACAGGAGAUUCUCAUAGUUUAGCUAUUGAAACCAAGUCAGAGCUUACACCCCUAGGAAUCUUCUAUAACAACAGGGUUCAUUCUAAUUUUAAGGCUGGUUUGUUCAUUGAUAAGGGUGUUAAAACAACUAAUGCUAGCGUUGAUGAUCCCAGAGAAUAUCUUUGUUUGGACAACAAUGCAAGGUUUCGACCUCAUCAAGAUGCAGACCCUGAAAAGCCCCGAGUUGCUGCGCUGAUUGACAGAUUAAUCUCUUUCAAAAACAACGAUCAUGGGGCCUGGGUCAGGGGAGGGGAUAUCCUCAUUCAAAACUCUGGGUUUGCGGACAAUGGAAUAGGUUUGACAUUUGCUAGUGAUGGGAGCUUCCCAAAUGAUGAAGGUGCCAGCCAGGAGGUAUCUGAGUCGCUGUUCGUAGGUGAGAGCAAGAAUUACGGCUUUCCAGGUGGACAAAAUAAGUAUGCAGGAACUGGAGGAAUAGACCACAAGGCACGCACUCUGCCUAGAAAUCGGACAUUUCCAAUUAGAGGCUUUCAAAUUUAUGAUGGACCUAUUCACCUUACCAAAUGCACAUUCAAAAACUUUGUGCCAACUGCAGACAGAUUUACCAGUGCGGUUGGAUUCUUGAUGAAAAAUCCAUGGCAGAUGACACCAAAAAACAACAUUUCUCUUGUGAAGUUUGGCCCGAAUGUAAGUUUACUACAA